AUGGUCCGGCCCGUCCUGCACGACCCCGCCGACGAAGACGAAACGGACGAGGAGGAAAAGGGCGCGGGGGCGCCGCUGAUGUUGUUUAAAAACCUCCGCCACCCGUUGCUGGAGCUGCGGAAUGCCGAGUUCGUGGCGAAUUCGCUCCAGCUGCGCGCGCGGGGGGGGCGGGGGGUGAUUUUGACCGGCCCGAACAUGGGCGGGAAGUCGACUUUUAUGCGGAGCGUCGGCAUCGCGGCGGUGCUCGCCCAGGCGGGGUGUUUUGUCCCCGCCGACGCCGCCGAGCUGCAGCUUCGCGACGCCGUGAUGUGUCGAAUCGGCGCGACCGACCACCUCGCCCAGGGCGUCUCCACCUUUAUGGUGGAAAUGCUGGAGUCGUCCGCGAUUCUGUCCAGCGCGACGCCGCAGACGCUGGCGAUCGUGGACGAGCUCGGCCGCGGGACCUCCACCUACGACGGGUUUGGGCUGGCCUGGUCGAUCGUGAAGGAUAUCGCCGUCCGCAUCGGCGCCACGGUGCUCUUCUCCACCCAUUUUCACGAGUUGACGGCCCUGCCGGCGCAGUGCGGGUGUUUGCUAAACGCCCACUUCGGCGCGGAGAUCGACGACAAGAAGGGGACGCUGCGCUUCUCCUACCGCGUCGAGCCCGGGCCUUGCGAGCGAAGCUACGGCAUCGAGGUCGCCGCGCUUGCAAAGAUGCCCGAAAAGGUGGUGGAGAAUGCCCGAAGGAAAGCCUCAGAGCUGGAGAACUUUGAGACCCUCGCCUCGACGUCGAGUUUGGGGCGAACGCCCUCCGAUAAGGACGCCCCGCUGCGCAAGCUGAAUCUCGAAGCUCUGGACAACGAGACGAUCUCGCGGAUCGCGGGCUACGCAAAGCGAAUUCGGGCCCUCGAUUUCUCCCAUAUCGGCAGCCCGGAGGAGCGCGAGGCGAUGCUGAAGGAAUUGAGGCGGGAAAUCGAAAAGGAUUCCGCGGCGCUUGUGUUGAUCCAUGGGAAAUAA